AUGCAACUCACAAGCUACCUCGUCGUACUACCCAUGCUCGCGUCCCUCGCCGCAGCAGCGGCUGCCGCCGCCAGCCCGUCGUCAGGACAGCAGUGCUGGGCGGGCGCCGGGAUCCACAGCGCGUGCGAGGGCUUCACGUCAGGCUGCACGCCGGACGGCAUGAAGGUUGUAUGCCAGGGCCAGAGCAUGAUCUGGAACGAGAUGUGCCAAACGCCCGAGGGCGAUUACACGUGCCAUUAUGACGCAGACUGCAACGCGGCUUCGUUGACCGCGCGUGUUAGCAAGGGCAUUCAUUCAGGCACGCAUGCCAGAAUUAUUCCUGCCGCCAACAUUGACGCGGUGAAGUAUAACCCGGAUACGGCAGUGAAGUUACCGUAG